AAAGCUUCAGCACUACGAUGCCGAUGACGUCCUACGCUCUCUCUUCAUCUCUUCCUCCCUCUUCCUUCUGCCGCUAUUCUCGCAUCCCUUCUAUCAAUUCCGCCUCUCUGCCCCGAAUUUCUCAUCUCAAUGUCAAUUACAAGCUUACACUUGCUCCACCGCAGCUUCUGAACGCCGGCGCGAGCCUCCGCGGCUUCUCUGUUCCGGGCAAGUUUCCGAGUGUAAGACUUAGGGUUUCCACGAGAUGCAACAAAGAAGAUGUACAGAAGGGCGAAACAGAGGAUGCGGCGGAGCGAUUCGCGAGGCGAGAGAGCACUAUGCCUGAUAGAUUUAGACACCUGACCAAAGAAGCACCCGACACUCCCGUAAGAUGGCCCUGGUUUAUCGCGUUAGCGUUUCUUGUUUACGCGUGGAGAGCAGUUUUGUUUGAGCUAACGAACUGGAGAAACGCUGCUUUCGCCAUCGUUAGGUUUCUCGGAGACCUUUCGAAGUUCGCGUUGGCGCUCGUCUUCCACUUUAUAGGAGACCCCAUCACUUCCCUCAUCGCUCUCGUGGAGACUGCAAUCUACAGCGUCCGGGCGUUCUACUCGGGGAUCGUGGCUUACACGCCUGUGAGGGAGUUAACCACGGUGAUCCUUCUCGCGUCAUCUGUUCUCGCGGUAGGAGAAGCAGUUGCGCCGAACGCGAUCAGCAAGCAGCCUUACGUGGUGACUCUUGCUGGUGUUUUGGGGUAUGCGGCUGUACAGGGGUACAUCUCGGAGCCGUUCUUCUGGACUGUUUUGGUGGGUAUGUAUGGGUAUUCGAGGUUGGUGAAGAAGAGAGAUGAUGUGACUUCGGCAUUACCUUCUGCGGCUGUUCUGGCGGGAGUAGGGGAGCCGUGGGUGAGAGUGGUGGCUAUCACAGGGUAUUUGGUUUUAGCUAUGUAUCACAAUUCAACUAAGAAAACGUCUUCUGAAGAAGAAGAAGAAGAAGAAGAGGGACAGAGCUUGAGGAAGGCACCACCGAUGCCGUUGUUGGCUGCGGCUUUGGCCAUUGGCGUAAGGCUUGCUGCAAAAUGGGCUGGUUACAGGCACUUGACUUGGAUGAUUGUUUAAAUUCUCUGUUAGCAACGAAAAUUAAAAGACCAGACUAAACUAGUUUGUGUUGUGCUUUGUAACCUCUACCCACUGGUUAGUUAUGUUUCUUUUUUAUGGCUCAUUAAGUAUUAAACUAAGCUCAUCUUGAGCCAUUUUGAAUUA